GCCACGGAACCGACACCCGGGAACCCAAUGGUGGAGCAAAAGAUAUGGCUCGAAUGUGCGUCUCCUCCAGAAAAAGGUUGUUCAACAAUAGUUAUGAACUCGCGGCUGCGAGCACUAGGUGGAAGAAUAAAUAACACUCGAACGUCAGUACUGCCAAAAGAACGGACACGAUCCGAGAUAAUCUGCAAUGUUCACUUUCUGGAUAGUUCUGUGCAAAACUUCAAAGUUAGCAAACAAGAUACUGGUCAGGUCUUGUUGGAUUUGACCUAUGAUCACUUAGGUGUGACAGAGAAAGAAUAUUUUGGUUUACAGCACUUUGAAGAGUCAGCUGAUUCACCUAGAUGGCUUGAAUCCAACAAACCUGUACGAAAGCAGCUAAAAGGAGGGUUCCCUUGCAGCCUGCAUUUUCGAGUAAGGUUUUUUAUAUCUGACCCUAACACACUGCAGCAGGAACAAACCAGACAUUUAUUCUUCUUGCAAUUGAAGGCUGACAUUUUGGAAGGAAGGUUGAUAUGCCCCGUUAAUUCAGCUGUCGUCCUCGCAUCGUACGCCAUUCAGUCUCAGCUUGGAGACUACAAUUCUUUCAUCCAUCUUCCAGGAUAUCUCUCAGACUAUUGCUUUGUACCAGAGCAAAGUAAAGAUUUUCUAGCCAAAGUGGAAUCAUUACACAAACAACACAGUGGCCUCAAAAAAUCGGAAGCAGAGUCCUGCUACAUCAACAUAGCACGAACGCUUGAAUUCUACGGAGUAGAAUUACACAGUGGUAGAGAUCUGCAUAAUCUGGACCUCAUGAUUGGAAUUGCUUCAGGAGGUAUUGCUGUAUAUAGAAAACUUAUUUGCACAAGCUUCUAUCCAUGGGUGAACAUAGUAAAAAUUUCUUUCAAACGAAAAAAAUUCUUUAUUCAGCUGCGGCAAAAACAUUGUGAAUCCAGGGAACACAUAAUUGCCUUCAAUAUGUUGAAUUACCGGGCGUGCAAAAACCUCUGGAAAUCUUGUGUCGAGCUUCACACAUUUUUCCAGGCAAAGAAGAUGCUACCUCAUGAAAAGAAGCUACUCUCUCAAUAUUGGACGGCGGGUUCUCGAACCCCAACAAAAUCUUCUAAUAAUCAGACCUGCAAAAAAGUAAUAGGUGGCAUGAUCUGGAAUCCAGUGAUGAGGAAAUCUUUAUCCGUCGAACACCUAGAGACCAAAAGUCUUCCUUCGCGGUCUCCUCCGGUUACUCCAAACUGGCGAAGUCCUCGACUACGUCAUGAGAUUCGUAAACCACAACACUCGUCUGUUGAUAAUCUUGCAAAUGAGAUUUCUUAUAUAACAGAAACGGAAGAUGUUUUUUACACCUAUAAGGUUUCCUCGACUUCUAAAGACAGUGAUUCAGAAGUGUCUCAGGGCUUCAGCCCAUGGAGAAGAUCAUCAGAACAAGAAUCACCAGUGAACAUUUUGGAAAAUGAUUCAACACAGAAUUCCUCACCCCAAAGAUUUAAUGGAACUGGGAACUCUUCAGGCUCUUCUCCUUCAGAAGGAAAGGAUAAGCAAUUUUUAGAAACAAAUGAAAAUGUUACAAAAGGAAUUUCAGUGGAGGAUUCCAAUCAAUACUACUGUGAUAAGAAUGACAUUAUUGAUGGAGACUUGUUUUUGAUACGCAUCCUUCCAGAUGAAGAUGGGAAAUUUGGAUUUAAUUUGAAGGGUGGUGUUGAUCAGAAGAUGCCUCUUGUUGUGUCCAGAAUAAUUCCAGGUUCCCCCUCUGAUAAAUGCAUUCCAAAACUGAAUGAAGGAGAUCAAAUAGUAUUAAUCAAUGGCCGGGACAUCUCUGAACAUACACAUGACCAAGUGGUGAGGUUUAUAAAAGCCAGCAGAGAGCUGCAUACCAGAGAGCUUGUGCUUCUGAUUAGGCGGAAAGUUGCCAGAACAUGUAAUGACAGCAAGUCAGAGGAUGAAACUUUUCCAGAGCCCAGUCUUCUUGUCUGUUCAGAAUAUGGUGAGACCCUCGAGGAGUCAAUGGAGCAACUGAAGAAAGGGCUAGAAAGUGGAACAGUCCUAAUUCAGUUUGAGCAACUGUAUAGAAAAAAGCCAGGUCUGGCUGUUACCUAUGCAAAACUACCUCAAAACAUGGACAAAAAUCGGUACAAAGAUGUUUUACCUUAUGAUGUUACCCGAGUCAUGUUGAAAGGAAACGAAGAUUAUAUAAAUGCAAAUUAUGUGAAUAUGGAAAUUCCCUCUGCUGGCCUUGUGAACAAAUACAUUGCCACCCAAGGGCCUCUUUCGCACACCUGUGCACACUUCUGGCAAGCAGUUUGGGAUCAUAGGUUGUCUCUGAUAAUCAUGCUAACGACCCUCACAGAACGAGGACGGACCAAAUGCCAUCAUUAUUGGCCUGAUCCUCCAGACGUCAUGGAGUACGGCAACUUCCGGGUCAAGUGCCGGUCUGAAGAUUGCACCAUUGCCUACGUGUUUCGAGAAAUGGUUAUUACAAAUAUUGAAACUGAGGAAGAGCACACAGUCACUCACCUCCAGUAUGUGGCUUGGCCUGAUCAUGGCGUUCCGGAUGAUUCUACAGACUUUUUGGAAUUUGUGACCUAUGUGAGAUCAAAGAGAGUGGGAAACGAACCCGUUCUUGUUCAUUGCAGCGCUGGAAUAGGCCGGACUGGAGUAUUGGUUGCUAUGGAAACAGCUAUGUGCUUAAUUGAAAGAAACCAACCUGUUUAUCCACUUGAUAUUGUACGAAAAAUGCGAGAGCAUCGUGCUAUGAUGGUGCAGACAUCGAGUCAAUACAAAUUUAUCUGUGAAGCUAUUCUUCAUGUCUAUAAAGAAGGACUCGUUCACCCACUGGAUUCCAGUUAGCAGCACUGAAGAAAUGGCGUUCGUCAUUCUAAUAAUACAUGAAUCGGACCUGAGGGGGUUGUGAUUUGUUAGUCAUAGUGGAGUGCGCCAAGGCUCUGGCAAACAAAUUAGUUUGUACUCUGGCACUUUAUAAAUCUGUAGAAAAUAACGGAACCUUGUUCUAUUUAUAGGAAACAGGUAGGUUUGCAUAGGCACGUGGUGCGGGACAGUCACAUGCUGAAACCAAGGAAAUCUUCUGUUGCCUCUGUACGCACCUUCUCUUGCCUUAAAAUGUUUUCCUGUAGAAGUUACUGUAAUUCCAGUGCGUAUGAUUUUAACCUGGAAAAGAAACACCAGCAAUACCAAUGGAAAAGCAGCCUGGUGACAGGAAGUGCCAAGAUGCCUCCAUCACCUAAAGAGCCAAGUACUCCACAGCUCACACAGCUAACAAGGUACCAGUGAAAAUGCUGUUCAACCUGUCGAGCUUUUUCCUGAAACAGCAUGCCAAAGGCUGUCAUGUAAGGGCUGGAGCAAAGACCCUGGAACUUCUGUCAGUCUGCACCACAACUACAGCGUAGAUGGCCUGAUGCUCAGAGUAGUACAAUUGGGCACCUUGACGUGGGAGAGCACGCAGCCUUCAUCUCCCACUGGUGGCUUUUUCUCUUUUUUUAUGUCCUCUGUUUCUUUUUGUACUUCUGGUUCAUUCUUCUGGAUGUUUGAUAAUCCUGAGCACAGACUGACGGCGUUUUAUAUAAAUUGAAUCAGUAUGUCUGGCUUUCCUGUCUGAUUCAAAGCCUGGUUCUUGGCCUCCUGAGGUAGAUAGCUCUUUAUGAUUGCACGCAGCUGCUAAAGUGUCUUUUCUGUUAGUGCAAACUUGGGUUAAUCCCGUGCUGGAGAACUGCUGAAAUGACAAUAUCGUUGCUGCUAAAAUGUUCUAGUAUUCAGAUGCUACAACAUCGGAGUUGAUGUCCAUACUUAAAAAGCGUGCUUUGCUCCAGUUGCGUGCCAGUUCGUCUCUUCGUUGCUUUUGCAGCACAGCUUCUGACCCAAAUCACCCUCCUGUGGGUGACUCCCCGAAUGCACCACUCAAGUGGGGCCACUUUUGUAACGGGGGUGCUGGGUCUCCUGGAUGUCGAAGGCUAGCACAUCCUGGCCCAUUGGCAGCCCCAGCCGUUUGUGUAUUUGCGGGAUUUGGCCUACGCAGAGAUACAUGGAAGUAACUCAAGGCCUGUCCUUCAAAUUCCUGCUGCAAGGGGAGGGGAGCGGCAGAGAAUUAAGUGUCCUCCAUUCAACAGUCUCUUCAAAAAAACAUUAUUAGCUAUAAUUUGCAAGAUGUUGGCUCAUCACACUGCUGAAGCAUUAUUUGUCAUUAUGUGGUCAAGCCUCGAGCCCACGCUCCCCCCCCCGCCUUUUUUUUUGUCUUACCUCCUAUUCAGUGAGUUACUUUCUGUUUCAUUCAGACUAUCACUGGCCAGUCAAUCUGUGCUGGCAACCUAUGGGGAACAUUUUGCCCUUUGAACCAGGUUCACAAAUCAGCAUCAAAUGGGGGUACGCAGACAGGUCUGGUGGGAAGCAUUUGGCAUAGUUUGCCAGUUCACGUGUAAUUUGGUAUGCAUUGAGAGGCAGUAACGGAGUUUGAAGACCUCAGGCAAGGAUGGGAGGGGACACAGGCCUGACUCUCGGUCCUGAAACCGAAGAGUGUGUGGUGUGGGGCAUGAGGAAACGGUGUGGUUUUUGGCCCUGGCUGAUGAGCCGUGGGUUGAAAUGCACAGGCCACGUAACGGCCCAGUAAUUAACGGGUAGUACCUGCAGAUUUAGGGGUUUCUUUCUACUUGUAGAUGGCAGCAUCCAUAUCUUACUGACACGGAUGGAAGCCAACCACUGUGGGGUGGGUGACUUUCUAGUGGCAGCUACAGUAAAGAGGCGACGUACAGACUGGCCUUGCUAAGCAGGAGAAAUGUAAAUGCUGAAAUGUAUCAGAAUGGAUGUGAAAACUUCUAUGUAAAGUAAGGAUGAGUUGUGCAUUGGUAAUUCACUUUAAGAUACACUGGUCUCUGUUUCAUUUCAAAGGGGAGAAUGGGUGCAAACCGCAGCUGUAUGGUAGUUUUUUUGACUCCCCCCCCCCUUGUUGAUAAUUCAUCCAUUGGUUAAAGAAAAUAUUCUAUAAGGAUGUAUAAAUUUAUGUUUGAGCCUGUUUCUGAUGAAAUCUGUCUAGAAGUUUGAGAAGCAUUGUGUAUAUACUCUUUAUUAAAAAUUUGAUUUUGUUCUAGGAUGCAGGAUUAAACUACUGCUGUAUUGUGGUCACGAUGAUCUGGGGGGGGGUUGUCAGUGUUUGAGGGGUUCACAGUCUGGAAUUGAUAUUGGUUUGAAAAUUGAUGUCUGCUUGAUAAAGAUGCUUUGUUCUGAAA